AUGUCCUUGAGCCCAAAGCACUCCACUCCCUUCUCAGUCACAGACAUCUUGAGCCCGAUGGAGGACAGCUACCGCAGGUUCGGAGGGAUGGAUCACGCGGCGGGGAGCCUCGGAUCCCCGCUGGGCGCCUACCGGCAGCCGCAAGUCUCCCAGCCCGGUAUGCAGCAUCAGCAGCAGCCGCAGCAGCAUCAGCCGCCUCACCUCCACCACCAUCACCACCACCACCACCAUCACCACCUGUCCUCCUCCUCUUCAUCCUCCUCCUCCUCCUCUUCCUCAGCCUCGGCCACCGCAGCAGCCGCCCUGGGACCCGGCGGGCCCUACCAUGUGUCCCACGGGGUGCCGCAGUUCUCCGGGGCCGUCGGCGGGUUCUGCAACGGCGGGAUCGGGAACGUCGGAGACCUGCCGUCCUACCAGGAGACGGUGCGGGGCGGAGGGGCGGCGGCGGCCUGGUACAGCAACCCGGAGCCCCGGUACCCCACAAUUUCCAGAUUCAUGGGUCCCUCCGCCGGCAUGAACAUGCCCGGGAUGGUGGGCAGCCUGGCCGGGAUGGACUCCUCCGCCAAGUCCAUGGUGACGCUCCACGCCGCGCCGCGGAGGAAGCGGCGGGUUCUCUUCUCGCAGGCGCAGGUGUACGAGCUGGAGCGACGCUUCAAGCAGCAGAAGUAUCUGUCCGCCCCGGAGAGGGAGCACCUGGCCGGGCUCAUCCACCUCACCCCGAACCAGGUCAAGAUCUGGUUCCAGAACCACCGGUACAAGCUGAAGCGCCAGGCCAAGGACAAGGCCACGCAGCAGCUGCAGCAGGACGGUAGCGGCGGUGGAGGAGGAGGCGGCGGCCUGUGCGCAACGACUCGCCGGUCUUCUUCCGUGUCACCGGUCCUCUCCAAGAACGGUAAAAGCUGCCGGACCGAUUCCAGCAGCUCCAACCAUAACGGGAACCGACAGAGCAGCUCGGGUGAGGCCAUGACGGCGACCCCGCAGCAGCAGCAGCAGCAGGUGAACCAGCUGUCGUCCACGGAGGAGCUGGAGGAUUUGUCCCCCAGUCCGCCGCUCGGACUCCACGGUCAGAUCAACAUGACGCAGACGGACGCGGCGCUCAUUGAGUACACCAACAGCAUGAUCGGCUCCAAUUUACUGUACGGGAGAACUUGGUAG